AUGCCCCCAUCUAGACGCCAGAGUGCGCAUGGGCGCUCGCAGAUAGAUGCUCUGAAAGUCGAGCAUUCUAUGGCAGGGAAAUCAUUGCGGCCAAAGAGUUUCUCGUACUCGACGCGCACUAGACGAUCAUCCGAAUGUGGCACCCAAGCUUCUACAACUGCUGACUCCAUCUUCUCCCGUUUAGCUUCACCACCUCCCAGCAAUGGCACUCCUGCCACCGCCUCCCCGCCCAGCAGCAAGCCUGGUUCUCCUUUCGUCGAGCGCAGCAACCCAAUGGGCUCCGGAAAUGCCCAAACGGUCACCUCCAAGGACCCCAAGGCUGCCGCUCAGGCUGCCACCGACAUGAAGAACGUGGUUCGCCGGAAGUUGACCGGCUACGUUGGUUUCGCCAAUCUGCCCAACCAAUGGCACCGCAAGAGUGUCCGCAAGGGAUUCAACUUCAAUGUGAUGGUUGUUGGUGAAUCUGGACUCGGAAAGUCCACUCUUGUGAACACCCUGUUCAACACCUCUCUCUACCCCCCUAAGGAGCGCGCCGGCCCCAGCCACGACAUCAUCCCCAAGACUGUCUCUAUCCAAUCCAUCAGUGCCGACAUUGAGGAGAAUGGCGUUCGCCUUCGCUUGACCGUUGUCGACACUCCUGGAUUCGGCGACUUUGUGAACAACGACGAUUCCUGGCGCCCAAUUGUGGAAAACAUUGAGCAGAGGUACGACGCAUACCUCGAGGCUGAGAACAAGGUCAACCGCACCAACAUCAUUGACAACCGUAUCCACGCCUGCGUCUACUUUAUCCAGCCCACCGGUCACUCUUUGAAGCCUCUUGAUAUCGAGGUUAUGCGCCGUCUGCACACCAAGGUCAACCUGAUCCCCGUGAUCGCCAAGGCCGAUACUCUGACAGAUGAUGAGAUCUCUAUGUUCAAGAAGAGGAUCCUCGCAGAUAUCCAGCACCACUCGAUCCAGAUCUUUGAAGGUCCUCGUUACGAGCUCGACGAUGAAGAGACAAUUGCUGAAAAUCAGGAAAUCAUGUCCAAGGUUCCUUUCGCCGUUGUCGGUGCCAACUCCGAGGUUAGCACAGCAGAUGGCCGCAAGGUCCGUGGCCGUGCGUACCCAUGGGGUCUCAUCGAGGUAGACAACGAGGAGCACUGCGACUUCGUGAAGCUGCGCCAGAUGCUCAUUCGCACUCACAUGGAGGAGCUCAAGGAGCACACCAACAACCAUCUGUACGAGAACUACCGCUCCGACAAGCUUACUCAGAUGGGCGUUGCCCAGGACCCGAGCGUGUUCAAGGAGGUCAACCCUGCUGUGAAGCAAGAAGAGGAACGUGCCCUGCACGAACAGAAGCUCGCCAAGAUGGAGGCAGAAAUGAAGAUGGUCUUCCAACAGAAGGUAGCAGAGAAGGAAAGCAAGCUGAAACAAAGCGAAGACGAAUUAUAUGCUCGACAUCGCGAGAUGAAGGAACAACUGGAUCGCCAACGCGCAGAGCUAGAAGAAAAGAAAUCCCGUCUCGAGAGUGGACGGCCGCUCGAAGAAAAAGGAAAGAGGAAGGGGUUCUCUCUUCGUUAA